UUUGAGAUUAUGAACAUGGACAUGAAGGUGGGGACAACCUUGAAGAUCAAGGGCAAGAUUGCAGACUGUGCUGAUGGCUUUGUGAUUAAUCUGGGCCAGGGGACAGAUAAAGUGAACCUGCAUUUCAACCCACGUUUUGAUGAAUCCACCGUCGUCUGCAACACAUGGGAUGGCAGCAGCUGGGGGCAGGAGCAACGGGACAGUCACAUGUGCUUCGGACCGGGAUCAGAGGUCAAGCUCCUCAUAACCUUCGAGAACAACGAAUUCAAGGUGAAGAUGCCAGACGGGCACCAGUUGACCUUUCCCAACAGGCUGGGCCACAACCACUUGAGCUACCUGAGUGUGCAGGGCGGGUUCAGCAUCUCCUCCUUCAAGCUAGACUGA